CAUGACUUUUAUUUCAAGCGAGUAUUGGCAAUAGCGGGGAAGCCUCAGGUAUAAUAUGUGCAAGCAUCUCGGGGUUGGGCAGAAAAGGCAUUUUGGUUUUUAGGGACGGACGACAAUUUUUGAGACGACGUGACUGUAGCAGCUUCAGCUCUGAAAUCGUUUCCUCUGAGGUCAGACUCUUCUUUGAAUGAUAAGUUAAAGGUCCCGGUUCUAGUUCAUGAUGAGGGUGAAUAAGAAAGUGACAAGAUUGGGGAAAACGAGAGAAACUUGGAAACAUUACAUUACAGAAGUAUUUUGUAAUUACUGAUGAGGUUGUUUUAGACAAAAGUGGGUCUCUGGGUAGUUUGUAUCCUGCUGAGUAAUAGGUUAAAAAAUGGAUAGGUAUUUUAAAUGUCAUCAGGAGAAAUGGUCCUCAAGAAAGAGAAGGCACUGUGAGAUGAACGGCCUGUAGUCGGUGCUGUUUCCCCGAAAAGGAAUGGGAGGAAGGAAAAUAACGUGUGUGGAGAUCCCCAAAUGUCUUGGCCACUCAGAGUUUCUCUACUCAGUAUCUGGAGUGAUGAGACCAACAGGAUCCCAAGCAUAAAAUGAAAGCUCUAGAGGACCUGAGCUCUUGCGUGUUCAAUGCCUGUGGACGGGUAGGGCACAGACAUCUUUGAGGUACACGCGUACAGCAGGGCUCUGUGACCUUUGAAGAUGUGGCUGUAAACUUCACUGUGGAGGAGUGGGCUUUACUAGAUCCUUCCCAAAAGAAGCUGCACAGAGAUGUGAUGGAGGAAACCUUCAGGAACCUGGCUGCCAUAGGAAAAACACAAGAAGACCAGCACAUAGACAAUGACCACAGAUAUUCCAGAAGAAAUCAAAGAAAUGAAGUUGUAGAAAGUCUGUUGGAACAUAACAAAGAUAGUGAAUGUGAAGAAAUCUUCAGACAGAUUCCCAACACCAUUGUGAACAAGAAAAUUUCUCAUAGAACAAUGAUUUGUGAAAGUCAUGUGUAUGAAGACAACAUGCUCAUUGGUCAUUCAGCUCUUAAUGUGUCUAUGCCUCUUCAGACUACACACAAACCUUAUCAAUACGAGCUAUGUGGAGAGAGUCUCUUUAAGUUUGGGGAAUGUAAGAAAGCCUUCAUUUAUCCAGAAUGCUUUCUGAAGCAUGAAGACACUGACACUAGACAGAGCUCCUAUGAAUUUAACCAGUGUGAGAAAAUCUUCAAAAGUAAUGGUUGCAUUCAAAUACGUGUGAAUAAUGAAACUAGAGAAGAAAUAUGUAUGGAUAAGCAGGAUUAUAAUGCCUUUACUUAUCCUGAUUUUCUUCAGUAUGUUGAAAAGAUCCACACUGGAAAGAAACCCUAUGUAUGUAAACAAUGUGGGAAAACCUUUUCUUUUUUGAGUAACAUUAGAAGACAUGAACGAACUCACACUGGAGAGAAACCAUACAAAUGUAAUAUAUGUGAUAAAACCUUCACUUGUUUAACUAACUUUCAAGAACAUGAAAGAACUCACACUGGAGAGAAACCCUAUUUGUGUACACAAUGUGGGAAAUCCUUUUCUUUUCUGAGUAACAUUCGAAGACAUGAACGUACUCAUACUGGAGAAAAACCAUACAGAUGCAAUAUAUGUGGUAAGGCUUUCAGUUAUUUGACUAACUUUCAAGACCAUGAAAGAACUCACACUGGAGAAAAACCUUAUGUGUGUACACAAUGUGGGAAGGCUUUCACUUACUACUAUUCUUUUCAGACACAUAAACGAUGUCAUACUGGAGAGAAACCCUAUGUCUGUAAGCAGUGUGGGAAAGCCUUCAGUUAUUACAAUUCUAUUCAGACACAUAAACGAUGUCACACUGGAGAAAAGCCCUAUGUAUGCAAGCUGUGUGAUAAAGCCUUUACUACUCUCAGUUCUCUUCGAUAUCACGAGAGGAUUCACAGUGGUGAGAAGCCCCAUGUAUGUUUGCAAUGUGGAAAAGGUUUCAAUUCUUCCAGUACCCUUCGAAUACACGAAAGGACUCACACUGGAGAGAAGCCCUAUAAAUGUAAGCAGUGUGGGAAAGUCUUUAGUGUUGACAGUUCCCUUCGAUACCAUGAGAGGAUUCAUAGUGGGGAAAAACCCUAUGUAUGUAAGCAGUGUGGAAAAGCCUUCACUCGGCACACCUCCCUUCGAUGCCAUGAAAGGAUUCACUGUGGGGAAAAACCCUAUGUAUGUAAGCAGUGUGGGAAAGGCUUUAUUUCUUCCAGUAACUUCCGAAAACAUGAAUCAACUCAUUCUGGGGAGAAACUCUGUGUAUGUAAAGUAUGUGGUAAAGCCUUUACUGAUCAUAGUUCACUUCGAAGACAUGAAAGAAUUCACAGUGGGGAAAAACCCUACGUAUGUAAGCAUUGUGGAAAAGGUUUCUCUUCUUUGAGUGGUUGUCAAAGACAUGAACAAAUUCAUACUGGUGAGAAACCCUAUGUCUGUAAGAAUUGUGGGAAAGCUUUCACUAAUCCCAGUGCCCUUCGAAAUCAUGAAAGGAUUCACAGUGGUGAAAAGCCCUAUGUAUGUGAGCAGUGUGGGAAGGGUUUUAUUUCUUUUAGUAAGUUUAGAAUACAUGAACGAAUUCACACUGGAGAGAAACCAUAUAAGUGUAAACAAUGUGUGAAAGCCUUUACCGGUCAUAGUUCCCUUCGACGUCAUGAAAGGAUUCACAGUGGAGAGAAACCUUUUGUAUGUAAACAGUGUGGGAAAUCCUUUUAUACUUUAAGUGAUUGUCAAAGACAUGAACAAAUUCACACUGGUGAGAAACCUUACAUUUGCAAGCAAUGUGGGAAAGCCUUUACUCGUUCCAGCUCCCUUAAAAUACAUGAGAAGACUCACACUAGAAGGAAUUCCUAAGUGUAGAACAUGGGAAAUUAUUCUUAACACGGCAAUGCAUAGAGCAGAGAACCAGUGUCAUGUUGUCUGAAGGAAUGCCUUUAGUCAUGUUGGCUGUAUUUACAGACAUGCUAGUUCAUACUAUAGUGAGAAAUCUUAAAUAGAUGUGCAGAUGUCUUCAGUUGGUGGACCUCUGAAAAUUUACCCAGUAUCCAAACUUGUAUAACAAAGUUAUCGGUGAUGAAACAAUUUUCAGGAUUUUGUGAAAAUUCCUUAUGUAUUAGAAUUCAUAAUUUUUUUAAGAUUUUUUUAUUUUUAUUUUUUUAUUAAAAAUUUUCACCUCCUCCCACUUCCCUCUCCCUUCCCUCAUUUCCCCUCCCCCUCCC